AUGCAGAGCAUGCAGAGGCAGUUUGGCCGACUGAUGAAGAGGUCGGCCGAUGACAGCCAGGUGGCCAUUCUUCUGAAGGACUUCGAAGAAGCAGACAAGAUCCUGGGAAAGAUCGUCGAUUCCACAAGCGCCUGGCGCGACGCUUGGUCAUCCCUCUUGACGCACCAGAAUCGAAUGCUGAGCGAGUUCGAAGGCUUGUAUGCUCCCAUUCUCGGUGCCUCCGACUCCUCUGCUACACAGAACGGCAUCCCAACGCCACAAGCAACCUUGGCUCGGACAACCAAACUUCGGGAGCAUUAUGAAGACCUCCGAAAAGAGCUAUUCGAUGAGCUCGCUGCGAUUGACGACCGUAUGAUCCGACCAGCCUCACAAGCUAGGGAAUAUUUGGGUCCAGUGAAGAAGACCAUCAGAAAGCGGGAUGAUAGAAAGUUGGAUUACGAACGCUACCAAGGACGUGUCGACAACUAUUCUAAAAAGACGAAGAGGUCGGAACGAGAUAAUGCAGCCCUUGUCAAGGCCGAGAGUGACCUCGCCAAAGCGACAGAGGACUACGAAGCAGCAGACGAACACUUGCGACAAUGUCUCCCCCCUUUAAUUGCCGCUGCAUUCUCACUGCUCCCUCGGCUCCUCGCUACGCAGAUUGAAAUCCAGAACGCAAUGCUAGCGCACUACUAUACCGUGGUCCACAACUAUUGCCAGGAGACACAAUUCCCUUCUCCUCCUCCACCAAUGGAAAGAGUCGUGCAAGAAUGGGAACGCCUCUGCCUACCCGUCCAACAAGAAGUGGAAGCAUUCGGCUGCAUCGUUAACGGAAGAACCGUGAAACUGUCCCAAGUCCCCGACGACCAACGCAACGGCCCUCGCAUCACCAGCCGUCCAGCAAACGGAUCUUCUGCUUCCUAUCGUCGUCCUUCCAGCGGCCACACCCCACCAAUCCAACAGCGCCCGAUCUCACCCGUCCAUAAGCUCCCUCCACCAAAACCCGCCUACGACAGGAAGCCAUCGCCAGUAUACGACACGAAACCUCGACUCACGGACAUGGCUUCUUCCCCCGCCUCGUCCAAUCUCACCGUGCCUUCGAAUUACUUCUCUCCCCACACAUCAGCUUCGUCCCCAGGCGCCGAGUCGUACGUUUCCGCCAGCGAGAAUGCCCAUCCUCCUUCCCCCGGUCUCUCCAGCGUUGCUGCACGCACAGACUACUUCAGUCGGAACCAACACCCUUCCAGCGUCACGAGAGCGACAUCUCCCGGGCACCGCUUUGUUUGUGACGGCCUUGUACGACUUCGGGGCCAAAGCGCUGGCGACCUCGCCUUUCGAGAAGGAGACCGGAUUCGUGUUCUCAAGAAGACAGAUAGCACCGAUGACUGGUGGGAAGGCGAGCUGAGAGGUGUGAAGGGAAGCUUUCCGGCUAAUUAUGUCGAGUAA